AUGGACUCAGAGAUCGCCCAUGAUGGAACCCUGGUCAGCAAGCUCGCUGGACUCACGGAUAUCUCUGCAUCGCCGAUUGCAGACUAUCUGGGUCGGAGGUUCUCGGGUCAGAGUGAGCAGCAGAAGAUCGAGUUUUUCCGGCGAACGGCAGAACUAGAACAGCUACUGGACCGCGUCGCAUUCAUGGAUUGCAUGGAAGUGCCUGGGCUGACUCUCAAGCUCUUAUUCGCUCUAGCGACACCGGUACUCCCACCUACUGCGUCCGCUGACUGCGAGAACGCGGCCCAGAUUCGGCUGCUCUUGCAGUCGACACCGCGCUCGGCAAAUGGCGCGGAUCCGGACGCAGGUGAACAGCGGACUGCGGCGGAACCAGCGCGUCGCGAUGGUGAAAUACCUACAGCAUCGUUACAUUCGGGCAGAGGCAUCACAGGCGCGGACGGGCUGUUCAAGUUCCUCCUCAUCGACGUGCAGAUAAGCAUGUGUCUGCAGACGUCACACAUCAAGCAGGGCAUUUCCACGGUGCAUCCUCGGGCUGGAGAAGGCGGAGCAGGUCUCGAGCAACACGGUCAACGUAGACCGCUGGAAGUGGAUGGAGGGCUACAGGCUGGGGGACGCGAACCGCAAGGUCUUCCUCUAUCCGGAAAACUGGCUGGACGCAACCCUGCGCGACGACAAGGCCGAAGUGUUCAGGGCGCUCGAGUCAGGCAUCCUGCAGAACGACCUCGACAGUGCCAAGAAGGCCGAGAACUGGAACAGCAUGUUCCAUUUCCUCGCACAAGGACCGCGCCAUACAUCUACUACUAUCGCACGCUCGGCAUUGUGCCGGGUCCCACGGACAGGGGGAUCAAGAUAUACUGGCAGCCCUGGACCAAGAUUGACGGUGAGGUCCUGUUCGAUUUAUUGGGGGGUCCCGGUCCCACCUUUGCUGUUGUGCUGUUGCCAAGUAACGUUCCCGCACCGAGCCCCAGUAUUUUAGUCAUCGAUGUGGAGCGGCGGACCGAUGCAGGGGCAGGGGAUGGCCAGCAGGAAAACCAGCAGGAAAACCGGCAGCCUCGGUACCUCAACUAUCCGCUAGGUCGUUUGUCGCUUCGAGAUGCGCGGAUCGCAGAAGCUCUGGCGAUCCACCAUCCCGACCAUCUUCGUGAAGAUGUUGCAUCACAUGGAAAAGGUCAGCGACAAACGGUAUAUCCAUCGGCAGAGGGGCGGGCGGCCGGGAGCCGCUGCUGGGCAAUUAUAGUCACCAAGCUUGUGGACAACAUCCCCAGGAAGGACGUGCAAUGGACGCUGUCCUUCAACGAUUCGCUGGUCAAGAACGCGACCGGCUUUAUCCAGGACAUUGUCACCACGGAGAGUACCAUCUCGUACGUCACGUACCCGCCCAUCGCUUCCACCAGCACCUUUGUGUCCGACGUGUUCCAGCGCACGUUCGACCGGGACCUCGUGUCCAUGUCAACGACGUACGACAGACUCGACCAGGCCUAUGCCUUUCUCGCCAACGUGCCGGCGGACGACACGUACCUCGCCUUCGGGAAACGCAACGGUCCGGUCCACGAGCUCUCGACUCCCUAUGCCAUCUACAACUGGGAGCUCGGCGCGCACGCUGUUAUGCUGCUCAUGAAGAGGCUUCAGGUCAACCGGCAGAAAGACCUCGCCCUCCAGGUGGCACACUUUGUCUUCGAUCCAACACACAUUGAGAUCCUGGUGGCAAGCAGCGACGUCUACUUCCGGCAGAAUACGCUCGAGGCUCUGCCGUUCGCCAUCCAAUGCUACGUCGAAGCGUCGCACGUCUUUAGCUCGGCGCUGGUACGUGUUCCCAGGUUCGCGGAGCCGACGUACAAGUCCUACGCAGAUCUGGACAAGGUCUUUGACGACUUCUCCAACGCCGCCUUCGACAUGGAGCUGGACUUCCCCUUCUUCAGCGACCCGGCAUCGAGAAGUGGCGGCGCCAAGGCGAACGGCCCCUUGAGUCUCACCGGCACCCUGAAGACUACGUAUUUCUGCGUUCCCACUAAUCCCAAGCUCAUCGAGCUCCGGAAUCUCAUAGACGACCGUCUCUUCAAGAUCUGCAAUGACCAGGAUAUCAACAGCGUCUUUUGA